CGCGGGUCGGGCCCUGUGUCGGCAGCCGGGCGGGCGCUCCGGCCGGACAUGGCUGCUUGUGUGGCCCGGCGGGCCCUGGCCGUGGGCAGCCGCUGGUGGUCCCGGUCUCUGACCGCUGCCCGAGGGUCGAGGCCGCUGUGUGCCGCGGGGGGAGCACCGGGCUUCCCACCUGCGGCGACUACGACGACGCAGAGGCAUCUCUCGUCCCGAAACCGAGCGGAGGGCAAAGUAUUGGAGACAGUUGGUGUGUUUGAGGUGCCAAAACAGAACGGAAAAUACGAGACUGGGCAGCUUUUUCUUCAUAGUGUUUUUGGCUACCGAGGUGUUGUCCUGUUUCCCUGGCAGGCCAGACUAUAUGACCGGGAUGUGGCUUCUGCAGCUUCAGAAAAAGCGGAGAAUCCUGCUGGCCACGGCUCUAAGGAGGUGAAAGGCAAAACUCACACUUACUAUCAGGUGCUGAUUGAUGCCCGAGACUGUCCACAUAUAUCUCAGAGAUCUCAGACAGAAGCUGUGACCUUCUUGGCUAACCAUGAUGACAGCCGGGCCCUCUAUGCCAUUCCAGGCCUGGACUAUGUCAGCCAUGAAGACAUCCUCCCCUACACCUCCACCGACCAGGUUCCCAUCCAGCAUGAGCUCUUUGAAAGAUUUCUUCUGUAUGACCAGACGAAAGCGCCCCCUUUUGUGGCUCGGGAAACGCUGCGGGCCUGGCAAGAGAAGAACCACCCUUGGCUAGAGCUGUCCGACGUCCACCGGGAGACAACCGAGAACAUCCGUGUCACUGUCAUCCCUUUCUACAUGGGCAUGAGGGAAGCCCAGAAUUCCCAUGUCUACUGGUGGCGCUACUGUAUCCGCUUAGAGAACCUGGACAGUGAUGUGGUGCAGCUCCGGGAGCGGCACUGGAGGAUAUUUAGCCUCUCGGGCACCUUGGAGACAGUGCGAGGCCGAGGGGUGGUGGGCAGGGAACCAGUGUUGUCCAAAGAGCAGCCGGCAUUCCAGUACAGCAGCCAUGUCUCCCUGCAGGCCUCUAGUGGGCACAUGUGGGGUACGUUCCGCUUCGAGAGACCUGAUGGCUCCCACUUUGAUGUCCGGAUCCCACCUUUCUCCUUGGAAAGCAAUAAAGAUGAGAAGACACCACCCUCAGGCCUUCACUGGUAGGCCAGCUGAGGCCUUGCGUGCCUAGGCUUGGCCCCUCAGAUCAGCUGUAAACCCACAAUUGCUGCAAAACUCCUUUCUCCCCCAUCAUGGCCCAAAUGGGUCUCUUCAUCCUUUGCACAUUUGAUUGUGGGGCUCUAUCUUUUGCGGGGUGUAGUAUGUGUUUUCUUGAGAAGGCCCAUGUAGGACUCCUCUAAGGCUGGCCGGCUUCCUCCUAAGCCCUGCCUAUCUCGUGUUCCCAUAAACCUUUCCAUCAAGGAACUGUUCAGCGGCCACAGGCCUGGAGGAGUUUCCUGACCUGUCACAAGUUGUCUGGAACAUGAAGUUUGGUCAAUAAACUAGUGCUCGCCAUUUCUGCUCUCAGGGUCUCAGGCUCCCUUUCUGACCCAGUGGGGGCCCUUGAUCGCUUCCCAUGUAGUCACUUCCAGGGAGCUGCCCUCUCUGCUAGGCCUUGUGUCUUUUCCCCUGAGCCUGGAGGCUGGUUGGACAUAUCUUGCAGGCACUACCUCUUGCCAGCGAGUGGGUGCUGGACUGGACUCUUGUUCUCGUCUUUCGCCUCUGCCAAGUGCAGAGGAGGCCAGUGUCGGGGCUGGAGUGGCCUGGCUCUUAGCACUGACCACCAGCAUCUCUGGCCUUGCUGGGCUGGGAAAGGAGUGGUGAGCCCGUCGGGUUUCCUGGCACACUGAGUUUGCCUGCUGUGCCUAUCCACGCCGCAAGUGCAGGAAUUUGGCCAAGGAACAGCUUAAAGUAUGGACAGUGACCAAGCCACCUACUUUAAGAGCUUCUUAGAUCUCCAAGAGCCAAAGAAGUUGGGAAGUAUUUUGCCCCACUUCUUAGGAUUCCUUCCCUCCUCCUACUGCAGUGAUUGUUAUAGGUAGGUUCAUUUUUGAAUUAAUAUUAAAAUCACAGUUCCAA